AUGCCGCCAAAAACCAGUGGGAAAGCAGUGAAGAAAGCUGGUAAAGCUCAAAAAAAUAUUAGUAAAGCGGAUAAAAAAAAGAAACGUAGGAGGAAGGAAAGUUACGCAAUUUACAUUUAUAAAGUUCUAAAACAAGUACAUCCAGAUACUGGUAUUUCCAGUAAAGCUAUGAGUAUCAUGAAUAGCUUUGUGAAUGAUGUAUUUGAGCGCAUUGCGGCUGAAGCAUCGCGCUUGGCACAUUACAACAAACGCUCAACGAUUACUUCUCGAGAAAUUCAAACUGCUGUACGUUUACUUCUUCCUGGUGAGUUAGCCAAACACGCUGUCAGUGAAGGAACUAAAGCUGUUACUAAAUAUACCAGUUCAAAGUGA